CCAAUCCAAACGCUCCGCACGUUGCGCUUUUCGCCUUUACGCUUCUCUGGUCCUUGCGCAGGGUAAUACCGGUGAAUACGUGGUACUAUCCCUUCAAGUGUAAUCAUGGUGUUCCUCACUGCUAUAAACUUUGUUCGAGUUAAAAGCGGGGGCAACCGAUUCUGGAAGCGAAAGCGAAUUUUUCAACUUGCAGCCAACUUCUACGGGCGGCGGCGCAACUGCUUCACUAUUGCCAUCCGCAGUGUGGAGAAGGCCCUGACGCACGUGGCCGAGGGGCGCCAGGUCAAGAAGACUGAGAUGGGCCGGCUCUGGAAAACGAGGACCGAGGCGGCCGCCCAGGAGCUGGGCUUUAACUACGCCAACCUGCGACACAACCUGACCAAGUGCUCCAUUGCGCUGGACCGGCGGAUAUUGUCCGACCUGGCAUACUCUGAGCCACGCACCUUCAAGAGCCUUGUGAACAUUGCUCGUGCCAAGCGCCACCUGGAACCGCCGAACGAGAAGGCCGCUUUGGAAGCACCGCCGGAAGGCGUCUUCAAGGGGCAUGUUGUAGCCAUGUGGUGCCAGUCAGGGCUGUUUCAUACGAGACUCACCUUGACUUGGAACGGGGAGCUCACGGAGUACACUGCACCAUUUUUUCUCAGCCAAGGUUCGGCAUAGAUAGUGGCCAUCCAUUAGCUAUUCUUAGUUGUUGACUUCAUUGUAUAAAUAAAGCAAAUUUCAAGAUCACA